AUGAAGUUUGGAUUCUGUAGAAGAAAGUCAAAGAAAUCCCAUAAGACAUCAGUUAAAGAAAAGAAACCGGUUGACCCUAAGCUUCCAGAUCUCAAAAUUAUAGGUGAUUUCGAUCCAAUAAAGUUAGAAGAUACCAAAGGACGUAAAAGUAUGUUAGCUAAACCCUUUGUCUCAGAAACCGAUGGUACUGUUACUGAUAAAGUGACAGGAUCUUUAAUAAGAGAAAAAGAUUCUAGUGUAUCAGAAUGGUAUAUUAGACCAUAUAAAGAUCAUGAAGAUGUGAUUAUGGUUAAUUUUGUGCCUCUUAGGGAAUAUUAUCAACAUGAACAACAGAACGUACAUAAUCAAUAUGGGGUCUCUCCUUCAGUACCUAAGAUGUCUGAAAAACAAAAAUUAAGUACUAUAAAUGCAGAGAUAUCAAAUAGGGUACAUGAUGAUGACGAAAGCACGAUAUAUGAAGAUGACGCAAGUACGAUACUGGGGAAUGACGACUUUACUCUAAAUGUAGAUGAAGAAAUAGAUGCAGAACUUGUAUCAUGUUUCGGAGAUGAAGAAAAUGAAAAUGAAUAG